AGGAAGUGGCUCUGUAAGUAGGUCUAAGGUGAAGCUGAGCCGUCGCUGCUUCACUGUGUCUGUGUGCGUUUGUGUGUGUGUGUGUGUGUGUGCGUUGCGGUACGUGGUGGUAUGGGCGUCCACGCGUACGUCCCGGGGGUCUUGGUAUGAUCUGGUUCUGUGACGAGGACCUGGAUGUGCAGAGCUGGGGCUGGACUGACCUCUCCAGUUACUCCUCCUUGGUGUCCGACUGUGAGCAGGAGCAGCAGGUCCUCCUCCAGACCUCCAUCAUGUCCAGACGCAGCCUCCGCCUGGACGACGGCCUCCUGGACCGCGGCCUCCCUCACGCCAGCUCCUCCUUCAGCUCUGGAGGAGUCAGCUGGAGGAACAGCCGGUCAGUGUGGACGGUCAGGUCGUUGAAGCCUCGCCCCCUCUCCACCUCCUGCUCGGACUCUCUCCUGGUCCAGACUCCUCGUAAACCUCCUCCUCUCCUCAACAGCAGCGUUCACAGCGUGGUGUCGGACACCUCCCUCCUGUCAUCGCUGCUCGACGAGUCUUCCAUCCAGGAGACGACGCUGCUCGACUCAUUCUGGGGUUUGGAUCAGGAUUGUGAUCCCAAAGAAAGCACCGUCAUCGAGCAGAGCGCGGCGGUGGCCAACAGCACUCUGACCGGCUCAGACGGUCCCUGUGUCAAACAUCCCGCUCAGACUCAGACGUCCACGCUCAGGCUUUACUGUAAAGACUGUGACCUCCGACCCGACAGGAAGGAGUUGGGCUACUGCUCCUCCUCCAAAUCCACCAACCCCACCUCCACCUCCACUACGACCACCGCCGCCGCCUCCUCCUCCUCAUCCCCUUCGAAGCCCAGACCAUCAGAACCUGAGGAGGAUCUGGAACCGUCCACCACCAUCUACAGCAGAGACCGGAGCCGCAGACACAGGACAGUUCAUUCCAGUCACUGCACAGUGAUGAGUCUGAAGGAGCGGAACCCCAAGGAUCUUCCACCCGCCGGAUCUCUGUGUGACUGUAAAGACAGAGCUCAUCCACAGAUGGACACUGUCUCCUCAUCCUCAUCGACAUCCACUGUGUUGGGGCUUUUAUGGAGCGCUGCUGUGUUUACAGGUAAAAGAGCGGCCGAUGUGUUCAGGCGGCUCAGGAAACGAUGGCAUCACUUGACCAUGAACGUCCCUCUGACUCGGUCAGUUUGGUGGUCUCCUCUUGGUCUGCUCCUGUUUCUGAUCCUGCUGCUCUUCGUCUUCGGUCUGUGCUGGUUCGGUCCAGCUGCUCUACAGUCCGUUCUGUCCUUGAACAUCACGGAGCCGUGGUCGUCGUCCGCUGAACUUCCGCUCACCUCCAGCUUCACGUCCUCCCAGAGUCAGACACCAGGGGGCGCCACAGACGAGUCCACAGACCAGCCCACUGACCCUCCAGAGUCCACCGAGGUCCAGAUGUACACGGAACCGCUCAGACCUCCGCCGACCCAACCGUCCAACAGAGCCGCCCAGGAGCGUCCGUCGUCCGCGGAGGAUUCUUCCCGUCUGGUGCGUCUGGAGGAGUCUCUGUCGGCGCUGUGGGCGCGGGUGGAGGCCGGAGGUCAACGGGCCGAGCGGAGACACGCAGAGGUCCUGCAGCUGUACGCGGACCUCAGCUCUGUGAAACCCACAGACCACGUGGAGUCCUGGGUCACAGAGCUGCUGGAGCGGCAGCUGACGGAGCUCCAGACCAGACUGGACCAGGACCGGCACAUCACAGACCAGACUCGUCAGCAGGAUUUGCAGUCCCAGCGGACCCAAGUGUCUCGUCUGGACCGUCUGGAGCUGGACCUGCUCAGACUGACUCGGAGGACGGAGGAGCUGCAGCAGAGACGGGACGCUGCUCCGAAGGCGGCGCCGGCGCCGUCCGGUACGCUGCCGUCCGCCGUCAGCGCCGGCGUGGACCGUCAGUCCCAUGAUGCCUUGCUGUCUGAGGUCACGCGGUUGGAGACGGCGCUGGAGAACGUGAGGCGGGAGGUGAAGGAUCUGUCCGGGUGUGGAGACGGGUGUAGACAACUGUCCACCAUCCAGGAUGCGAUCUUGUCCCAGGUUUCCACUUGGGUCCAGGAGGAGGUGCGUGUCCUGGUCUACGGGAACCAGCUGGCGGUGGGGGGCGGGGCCGUCCCAGAAUCCCUCCUGCAGUGGUUGUCCAGCCGGUAUGUGAGCGGCGCCGACCUGCAGGAGGCGCUGUCGUCUCUGGAGCGCAGCAUCCUGAAGAACGUCAGUGUGCAGCUGGAGCACAGGCUCCACCCACAGGAGGAGGAGGAGGAGGUCCUGCAGAGGGAGGGGGCCACAGGGGGGGGCGUCACAGAGGAGGAGGUGCGUGUGAUCGUCCAGGAUGCUCUGCGGUUGUUUUCUCAGGAUAGAACUGGUCUGGCUGACUUUGCUCUGGAGUCUGGAGGGGGCAGUAUCCUCAGCACUCGCUGCUCUCAGACAUAUGAGACCAAAGCUGCUCUGCUCAGUCUGUUCGGUGUUCCUCUGUGGUAUUUCUCUCAGUCUCCCAGAGCCGCCAUCCAGCCUGACGUCCAUCCUGGGAACUGCUGGGCCUUCAGAGGGUCUACAGGGUUCCUGGUGAUCCGUCUGUCCAUGAGGAUCCGCCCCACCGCCUUCUCUCUGGAACACAUCCCUAAAAGUCUGGCUCCCAGUGGAACGCUGCGGUCCGCACCCAAGGACUUCAGCGUCUACGGGUUGGAUGAUGACACUCAGGACAGAGGGACGAUGCUGGGCUCGUUCACUUAUGACCAGGAUGGAGAGGCAGUGCAGACGUUCGUGGUCACGGAGGACGUGGACCGCUCCUUCCAGAUCAUCGAGGUCCAGGUUUUGUCCAACUGGGGUCAUGACGAGUACACGUGUCUGUACCGCUUCAGGGUCCACGGGACGCCCGCUGACCACUGACCGCUGACGGUUCCACAGCUCCGUUUACACCUGGACCAAAGAACCCAACCUGCGGGUGCCUGAGGACCUGCAGACCAACCUGGGACCAGAACCAGAACCAGAACGGCCCUGUUUACACCUGGAACCAGAACCAGGACUGACUGACCCCCUUUCUCCAGUUUGUUUUGUAUCAGUGUUUGGAUUUCUGCUGCUGCUUUUGAUCUCAUCCAUUCAGUGGAAAAUCUACAACGAAUGACUGUGAACGUCCUGUCGUGUUUCAGCUUUUAGUUCAGUAGAAGCUUCAUAACAGAGGAACCCCCCCAAACCCCCUGGUCCGUUUGGUUCUGUCAGCAGCUGCGACUGAACCGCAGUAAAAGUGUCAUGAAAGGGAAGACCGUCUGCUGCAGCCAGGAUCCACAUCUGCUCCAAAGGCUUUUAUUUGGAUGUUUCUCAGGUUCAAACAGUUUUUAUCGUCUUUAACUUAAAUCUGACCUUAACUUUUUUUUUUUGUUUUUUGUCCUGUACAUAUAUUUGUGUUUUUUGUAUGUGAUUUAAACUUUGAAAAUGUCUUAUUAAAGAUGUGAAUUCUGCGUUUUUAAAA